ACAACACGACAAUCGACGCCGCCGACAACUCCCAAAAUCAAUCAAGAUGGGUGCUCUUAAAUAUCUCGAGGAAAUUCAGAAGAAGAAGCAAUCUGAUGUGCUUCGAUUCCUUCUCCGUGUCCGAUGCUGGGAGCUCCGACAAUUGAACGUCGUUCACCGUGCUUCUCGUCCAUCCCGCCCAGACAAGGCCCGCCGUCUCGGUUACAAGGCCAAGCAAGGAUACGUUAUCUACCGUGUCCGUGUUCGUCGUGGUGGCCGCAAGCGCCCAGUUCCAAAGGGUGCCACCUACGGAAAGCCAACCAACCAGGGAGUUAACCAACUCAAGUACCAAAGAUCCCUCAAGUCCACCGCUGAGGAGCGUGUCGGCCGUCGUUGCGCCAACUUGAGAGUUUUGAACUCCUACUGGAUCAACCAAGACUCCACCUACAAAUACUUCGAGAUCAUCCUCGUUGACCCUCAACACAAGGCCAUCCGUCGCGAUCCCCGUAUCAACUGGAUCGUCAACCCAGUCCACAAGCACAGAGAAUCUCGUGGAUUGACCGCCACCGGAAAGAAGUCCCGUGGUCUCGGAAAGGGUCACGGCUUCAACAAGACCACUGCUGGCCGCAGAAAGACCUGGAAGAAGCACAACACCCUCAAGUUGCAAAGAUACAGAUAA